AUGAGUACCUAUGUCAAGCCCAAGACAAACGUGGUAUUUUCUAGAUACCAGUUUUUCACAAGAUCGCAGAAGGACGGUGAGGAUUUUGAAACGUUCCUUCUCUCACUCAAGAAGCUGGCUGAAAAUUGUGGCUUUGGUGAGCUGAAAACAUCGCUCAUCCGUGAUCGCAUCAUCAUUGGAAUCUCCAAUUACGAACUUCGCCAACGCAUGCUGGGAGAAGAAUACGAUUUCGAGAAGACGGUCAAGCUAUGCAGGUCAGUCGAGUCUGGGAAACAGCGGGCAAAGGAAAUCAACGAUCAAGGGACAUCAUCCACAACUGAGGUCAAUUGGGUCAGCAAACCGCAUUACAGCCGAAAUCAACAGCCAAGCUGCAGCUCAGGUACUGGAUCUACAACUGAACAGCCAAUCAACUGCCAAAAUUGUGGGACUAGCCAUCCUAUCAACCAAUGUCCAGCAUUCAAAAAGCAAU